UCAAUACCAAUCUGCUUGAAGCUUGGAGAAGCUUUGCAUUAUUGCACAAAAGGCAAAAUGUACACCUGUUUAUUCUCUGAAGUGACCUUGCAGUUUUCACUGUCUGUUCUGCAGGCUGGGGACAGUGGUAUUUUAGGCUCCUUUAAUGGACACCUUAAAGAAGAACCAUUCAUCUGCUGCUGGGCUUAGCUAAAGGCCAAAAGUGUUUGGGGCAUUGUUAGCUAGAAAAGGUUUGGGAUCCUGUGAUGCGACACGCACGUAAAGUGUAAUGUGAAAGAGUUCUGGAGAUGGAGGUGGAGAUUUUGGGGAUCUGCUGCUUUUCUGUUUAGAGCAGAGAUCAGAAAACAAAAACUGACUCCUAAAGAAAUCCAGUGGCAGGAUAUGAAAUCUGCUCAAAGCAAUUCUUGAAAUAGCAGAAAAGCAAUGUUCAGGCUUGCUGAAUUGCGUGAGUGGCUCGCUAAUCAUUAGACUUCUGUUUUAACUGUCUCUCUUUCCUUUUUCUUUCUUUCUUUUCCUUAAUUUCUAGUGUGUAGCCGAAUGUUCUUCACUAUCAUGAUACCAGUUGAAGAGCAGAGGCUCCCAACUCCUCAAUGUCAGGAGGCGAGGUUGUCACUGAGCCUCACUGCAAAGCCCAGUACCACACGUGUAAAAACACACCGACGCUUUACCAUCCUAAACUGAAUCCUGGCCCCCGGCUUUGCCCAUCUGGAAACCUCUCCAACAUUAUUUCUGGUCCUAAAAUCCCUCCUCCCCCAGCCCCGCCGUCCCGAGGGACGCGCUCAGGGCUCUGCUCCAGAUCGCGAGUUAUUUCCCAGGCCGGCUCGGGCCUCCUCCCCGCCGCCCUCACUCAGGACGGCCUCGGCGGGCCCUAGCCGAGGUGGGCGCCGGGACGGAGUGCGGAGCGAGCGCCGGGACAGGGGCACCGACGGAAGCACCAACGGGGCACGGGCCCGGCCGCGGCGCCCUGCGGCUCCUCCCCGUCCCCGGCAGGUGCGGCCCAGCCGCGACGGGCUCUGCGGGGGCUCCGGGGCCGCCGCUGCGCACUGGGCGGAGCGGGGAGAGGAGGGGAGGCUGCUCGGCUCCUCCCGCUCCGCCACAGCCGCACAGCUGGGCCGGCGGCUCUGCGGCGCGGGAGCUCUUCCCUGCGGCUCGGCUGUCGGAGCGGGCUGCGGGCACCCGUCCCGAGCUGGAAUGCUUGCAGCUUUCUCUACAGGAUUAUAAGCUUUGAUGUUCAGAAGAGCAAAACUGAAAGAUGCCAUCUGAGAGGUGCCUGAGCGUUCAAGAAAUGUUGACAGGUCAGAGGCUUUGUCAGUCGAGCUCCCAUAAUGAUGCUGUUCUGGCAGCCCUGAACCAACAAAGAAGUGAUGGCAUACUUUGCGAUAUCACCCUUAUUGCUGAAGAGCAGAAAUUCCAUGCACAUAAGGCAGUCUUGGCAGCCUGUAGUGACUACUUUCGAGCAAUGUUCAGUCUCUGCAUGGUUGAAAGUGAAGCUGAUGAGGUGAAUUUGCAUGGCGUCACAAGCCUAGGUUUAAAACAAGCCCUGGACUUUGCAUAUACUGGACAGAUCCUUUUGGAGCCAGGGGUGAUACAGGAUGUGUUAGCAGCUGGGAGUCAUUUGCAGCUGCUGGAGCUUCUCAGUUUAUGUUCUCAUUAUCUCAUACAGGAAUUAAAUAGUUUUAAUUACUUGGACCUGUAUAAGCUUGCGGACCUCUUCAACCUCACUUUGUUGGAGAAUGCAGUGGUUGACUUCUUAGUAAAACAUCUCUCUGAGCUAUUGAAGAGUCAUCCUGAAGAAGUUCUGGCACUCCCAUACUGUCUCCUUCGAGAGGUUUUUAAAAGUGAUAGACUCACUUCACUCAGUGAAGAACAAAUCUGGCAGUUGGCUGUAAGGUGGUUGGAGCACAACUGCCACUACCAGUACAUGGAUGAACUUCUCCAGUAUGUCCGCUUUGGCCUUAUGGAUGUGGAUACACUGCAUGCUGUAGCUCUUUCUCAUCCUCUCGUCCAAGCUAGUGAAACUGCAACAGCGCUUGUUAAUGAGGCCUUGGCUUACCACCAGAGCAUCUAUGCACAGCCAGUUUGGCAAACCAGAAGGACAAAACCCCGCUUCCAGUCAGACACUCUUUACAUUAUUGGUGGAAAAAAGCGUGAAAUCUGUAAAGUGAAGGAACUGCGCUACUUCAACCCGGUCGAUCAGGAGAAUGUUCACAUUGCAGGGAUCGCGAACUGGAGUGAGCUUGCACCAAUGCCCAUGGGGAGAAGCCACCACUGCGUUGCUGUCAUGGGAGACUUUCUGUUUGUGGCGGGUGGGGAAGCUGAGCACUCCACGGGACGCACCUGUGCCGUGAGGACUGCCUGUCGCUAUGACCCCCGAACCAACUCCUGGGCAGAGAUAGCUCCCAUGAAGAACUGCCGGGAGCACUUUGUGCUCGGAGCAGUGGACGAAUACCUAUAUGCAGUAGGAGGCAGAAAUGAGUUGCGUCAAGUCCUACCUACUGUAGAACGCUAUUGUCCCAAGAAGAACAAGUGGACCUUUGUACAGUCGUUUGACCGAUCGCUUUCAUGCCAUGCAGGAUACGUGGUGGAUGGUCUUCUUUGGAUAUCAGGAGGAGUAACAAAUACUGCACAGUAUCAAAACAGGCUCAUGGUCUAUGAUCCCAAGCAGAACAAGUGGUUAAGCCGUAGCCCAAUGCUGCAGAGGAGAGUGUAUCACUCCAUGGCUGCAGUCCAAAGGAAACUCUAUGUGCUAGGUGGGAAUGACCUGGACUACAACAAUGAUCGGAUCCUGGUUCGGCACAUAGACUCCUACAGCAUUGAUGCUGACCAGUGGACACGAUGCAGCUUCAACAUGUUGACAGGUCAAAAUGAGUCUGGAGUUGCGGUCCACAAUGGUAGAAUAUAUUUAGUUGGCGGCUAUUCAAUUUGGACAAAUGAGCCUCUGGCAUGUAUCCAGGUACUGGAUGUCAGCAAGGAAGGGAAGGAAGAAGUUUUCUAUGGGCCCACGCUGCCGUUUGCUUCCAAUGGGAUAGCAGCAUGCUUUCUUCCAGCUCCCUAUUUCACGUGCCCCAACCUUCAGACCCUGCAAGUGCCUCACCAUAGAAUGGGCACAAUGUGAGAUGAAGAACGUGUCGUCAUCAACAGUGGCAUGCGGAGGGCGAAAAUCAAACCCCCUGUAUGGAAGGGGUCUUUGGAUCUGCAAAAAGAAUCCACCCCCAUGGGCUGCUGCUUUACUGUCACACAUUUGUCUUAAUGUCGGACCACGAUAGGCAGGAAGGAGGCUACAAAACCCUUGGUAUCUCUCCUCUGCCUCAGCUGCAGAGGUGUAUACAUGAGAGCAUUUUGCAUUUCUGGUGACUACUUGCUGCCUGUCUCUAUAUAAUUCCAUUAUGCAACUCAUAAGGCAUUGUGAUGCUCCUGGCUCCUCCCUGGGCUGCUAUUCUUUGGAGUCUGCACUUUCUGUUGUUCACUAAGGGCACUUUCAAAGACGACAGGAAGUACUGUUUGUGUUGAAAAGAUGGUAUAAUACUGUGGUAAUUAUGCAACUUACUUGAUACCUUUGGCAAAAAGAAUAACAAAUGUGUUGACUUCCAAUUCCAAACUCCAUUGUUUACAGUUUCUCAUUUAAUUGUAUUUCAUUUUAAAUUUAAAUACUGUGAAGCAGAUUAAAACAAAAAUAAAAACCAAACAAGCCCUAUAGUAUCUGAAGAAUACGUGAAAAUUUGCAAAAGACAGAGAAGCUGAGGCUUCACAAUUAAGUGCAAGUCUGAACCAAAUAUGUUUGUUUGAGAGUCUAAAAAUCAUGUGGGAUGUCUUUUACCAAGGUCUGCUAUCAAAUAAAUGUUACCUUCAGUCACGUGAUCAAUUCCUCCCGACAUCUGCUGUCUUUUAAUGGUGGAGAACAGCCUCUUUACUGUGUAAUUAAAAUAUGCCAUUUACUUAAUAUUUUUAAUAUUCAGUUUGUAAGGGGUCACCACAUUUACAAUUAUCAACAAAUGGUCUCAUUUUGUCCAACAUAUGGUCCCACAAAUCACUGGUCUCCAGAGGCUAAACAGCUGUAUAACAAUGUCAAUAUUUAUUUAUUCCUGGGGUUUUUAUGGUGUGUCUCCCUUCCAUACUCAGGCAUAUGCCACUUCACAAUAAAUACUCUAACCUGUUAUA